AUGACAGUACUGCUGGUUUUGGUCCUGGCGGGCCUGUCGGCCGCGGGACCAUCUUACCGGAUACCAACAUACGAAUUGCUACCACCGCCGCCAUGGGACCCGAAUUUCAAACAGACGGACGUGGAGAUGAUCGAAGUGCCGCCGUUUCAAAGGGGCGCCGUCGAGAGUCCACCGAUGAUCGACAACUCCGUCGGAGGACCCGUCACCCACGAAGAAUACGGAUCGCAAAGAUUCCCUCUGCGGGACGCUGUCGAGUUUGUACCCGCGCACGCGAUGCAUCAUCAGGGCGGCAGUCUUCAUCUGCAGGAAAUGAAAGAGCCCGAAGGUCGAGUGCCCUUAAGGGACGCCGUCGAGCACCGCGAGGCCCCGUUCUUCAGCGGCGUCGACCAUGAAUCGAUCUGGAUCGAGCCUCUUGCGCCACCGACCCUGACGAGGACGCAGCGAAUUACCGACCCGAAAGUAAUCUGUCAUUUGGACUCUAGCGCUGUCCACAGAACGGAGCCGUUCUCCUUGUUCCCGCAAUCGGUCCCGGAUCACAAAUGUUCUCACCUGGUGUACGCCGCGGCCACUUUGGACCCGGAGAGGUUGACCGUUGUCUCGAGGGAUCGUGAAUACGACGAAAUCAAGGGUGGAUACAAAUCGGUAACGGGACUUCGAUUAAGGGAUCCAGCGUUGCGGGUAUUCGUCUCGAUCUCAGCUCCGAACAGAGGAAAAUUAUUCUCCGAGGUGACCAAAAAUCACUGUAGCCUACACUGCGAGAGAUUCGCCAAAUCGAUUUUGAGCUUCCUCAAAGAUCACGAUUUCGACGGCGUCGAGAUCGACUGGGAGACCUCGUCGGAGAAUCCAGGCGUUCUGAAGUUACUUCUGAACACUCUGAAGAAGAAUCUUGUUCCUCACGGAUACAGCCUAGCGGUUGCGCAGAGACCCAGCGAUCCGGUGGAUCCAGAGAUCAGCUCCGUGGUCGAUUUGCUUCUGUUCCGAGCAUGGCGGGAAAGUCCCGCUUUUCGAAGGGAGAAACUCGCUCUUCAUCCGGCCCCGUUGAGAUACGUCGCUCGUGUGACGAACAAAUGGAUCGAUCGAGUGCCACCCGAGCACAGAUCGAAGAUCAUUCUUGGUCUGCCCGUAUUCGGCCAGGGAUACACCUUGAAAUUCGGGAACUUCACCGACGCAGGCGCACCUAUCGUUGGUCCUGGGAACGGGGAUCUUUAUGCCAAACAAUCGAACGGAAGGCUGGCUUAUUACGAAGUCUGCGAGAAAUUGGAGGAUGAUCGGUGGAACUCCGGGAGGGACGAAGAAGGACCGUAUAUAAAACGUGGAGAUCAAUGGAUCGGUUACGAAGAUCCGAUCGCGGUGAAAAUUAAAGUAGCCUAUGUUCGAUCGGUCGGACUAGGUGGCGUUUCCGUGUGGUCCCUCGAUAUGGAUGAUUUCCAGGGUAUCUGCGGGAAUCCAUGGCCAAUGCUGAACGCCGCGACCGAAUCGAUAGGGUUCUACGAUGAAACCCAAUUGGGAAAAUGCUCCUCCGUUGACGGUCUGUUUGCCGAUCCAGACGACUGCUCGAAGUUCUAUUCCUGUCACGAAGGUGUACAGUAUCAUGGCAGUUGCGGAUACGGGAAAUAUUUCGAUCCCGAGGACGGUCGUUGCACGAACACGAUCUCGGAAGUUUGUAAAUACAGUCAGACGAAUCGUAUUCAGGUGCAAAGUUCCCAGACAGAUGCAAGAGACCCACAACCAGAGAAUCUGGAGAUAUCGACGAACAAAGGGCCACGAGUGGUCUGCUACAUAACCUCUUGGUCUCUGUACCGGAAAGGGGAUGGAACGUUCCCGCCUGAACGCUUGGAUCAUCGUCUCUGCACCGAUGUGAUCUACGCGUUCGCUGGUUUGAAUCCAGACACCUUGCUACUGCAACCGUUCGACCCUUGGGCCGACAUAGAAAACAACCUCUAUGAGCGUGUGACAGGAAUCAAUGGAAAGUCUCGAGUGUUGCUAGCGAUCGGUGGUUGGACGGACAGCAGCGGGGACAAAUAUUCACGGUUGAUCAGCAGCGUAGCGACACGUCGGAAGUUCGUCGCCGCGACGAUCAACUUUCUGCGGAAGCACAACUUCGACGGGCUCUCGUUCGAGUGGAACUACCCGAAAUGUUGGCAGAGCGAUUGCAGAAAGGGUCCAGACUCCGACAGGCCGAACUUCACCAAGCUGAUCCGUGAACUGAAGAACGAGUUCGAUCAGCAACAACCGAAACUCACGUUAGCGGUCGCUUUGUCAGGUUACAAAGAGGUGAUCGACAGAGCGUACGAGGUGGAUGAGAUCUCGAAGACGGUGGACUUUGUGUCGGUGAUGACGUACGAUUAUCACGGAGCCUGGGAGUCGAGGACAGGUCAUCUGUCGCCUCUGUUUGGACGACCAGGCGACGUCAAUCCGUAUUACAACGUCAACUCCACGAUGGAGUACCUCGUCGGACUAGGUGCAGAAAAGUCGAAGCUUCUUGUGGGCGUGCCUCUGUACGGUCAAGCUUAUCGCCUGUCCAGCAACGAGUCAGUCGAAUUGGGUGACCCGGCGACCGGACCCGGAGCAUCCGGAGAAUUCACCAGACAGCCUGGUAUGCUUGCGUACUACGAAAUCUGCGACAGGCUGAAGAACAAAGGAUGGAAGCACGGAUCAGGCCCAAGCGCUUAUCACAAAGACCAAUGGGUGGGCUUUGACGACAGGGAGAGCGUCUACGCGAAAGGAGAGCACAUAUUACAGAACGGUUACGGAGGAGCUGCCCUGUGGACCGUCGACCUGGACGACUUUUUAAAUCGUUGUUGCGAGGAAUCGUUUCCUCUGUUGAAGACUAUGAACCGUGCAUUGGGACGUCUGAAGACCAAACCAGCGGAGAAUUGUCGAAGACCAACAGAGCCAGUCACGCCGCAACCACCGACCCUGACCACGCACAGCGACGCUGUAGAGGACACGCCACGACCCACCACACCAAUGGCCAAACCGACCACCUGGCCAGCUUGGUCGCCGAGCACCAGCACCCAAGGAACCACCUGGCCAAGUUGGUCCCCGAAACCCAGCACGACCACCCAAGGGACCACCUGGCCGAGUUGGACUUGGACGCCGGAGGCCAGCAAAAUGACCGAGUCCACUACACGGAGCAGCGUGUCCUGGACGUGGACCUCGACCAAGUACGCUUCUACUACAUAUUGCAGGCCAACCAGCGAAGAGGCGACCGUAGAGAUCACAGAUGAUACCCAGAAACCAUUGGAAAGCUCUGAGCCAGGGAGCGCGUGCAACACUGGAGAUUACACAGCAGACCCAGGAAACUGCGGCAAUUAUUUUAGAUGUGUCCUCGGCGAGCUGAAGCGCGAACAAUGCGCGCCAGGAUUGCACUGGGACACCGGUCGAGGUAUCUGCGACUGGCCAGCCACGGCGAAAUGUCAAACGGGAACCGGUUCCACGACCCAGAGGCCAUCGUGGACCACCACCACCGCCUCCACGGUGACAAGCACCACGCGUAGACCAACCAGACCACCACCCUCAGCGACCACCACUCAGCGUGCGUCCACGCAGAGACCAAUCGUUGCUGAGAACCCGAAUCGUAUACCAGAGAAGAGCUGUGAACACGGCCAGUAUUACCCGUAUCCGGACUCGUGCACGAACUUCCUGGUCUGCGUGAAUGGGAACCUGGUCUCGCAACAGUGCGGGCCAGGAUUGAAUUGGAACAAGGAGAGGAGCAUGUGCGACUGGGCGUUCAAGAACCCCUGCGUCGACAAACCGAUGAAAAACGCCGCGCUGGUCUCGGCUGACGCUAAAUCGAGUCCCUGCAUUCCUGGCAGUUACACCAACGUUCCAGGAGACUGCGAAAGUUAUCAGGCCUGCCUGUGGGGCCGCCACGAGGUUUUCCAUUGCGCCCCCGGAUUGCAUUUCAACAAGAACACUCGAAUAUGCGAUUGGCCUGCCCGAGCCAACUGUCAGGACGACGUCUCCACGGAGAUCCAAAACAACGGGGAAUCGGAUAGCAAACCGAUUUCGUCGAGCACCCAGAAACCCUGGGAGCCAAGCACCACGACCACCUUACCGUCGCCGACAAUAGAUCCCGAAGAAGUUUCUCCACUUUCUGGAUACUACAAAGUGGUUUGCUACUUUACGAACUGGGCCUGGUAUCGACGAGGAAUCGGUCGUUAUCUUCCCGAGAAUAUCGAUCACACAUUGUGCACGCAUAUCGUCUACGGAUUCGCCGUGCUGGACUAUUCAGAGCUGACCAUCAAGGCCCACGACUCGUGGGCCGACUACGAUAACCGUUUUUACGAGCGCGUUGUCGCGUACAAGAAGCGAGGCCUGAAGGUCUUGCUCGCGCUGGGCGGUUGGAACGAUUCCGCCGGUGAUAAAUACAGUCGUCUCGUCAACAGUCCAGCCGCCCGUAGGAAGUUCAUCGCCCAUGCCGUACAGUUUCUCGAAAAGUAUGAUUUCGACGGACUGGACCUCGACUGGGAGUAUCCUGUUUGCUGGCAAGUCGAUUGCGGCAAGGGGCCUGCCUCCGACAAACAGGGAUUCGCGGACCUGCUGAUGGAGCUGAGCAACGAGCUGAAACCGAAAGGAUUGCUGCUCAGUGCAGCCGUCUCGCCGAGCAAGAAAGUGAUCGACAAGGGUUACGACGUGCCAGCCCUGGCCAAAUACUUGGACUGGAUCGCGGUGAUGACAUACGACUUCCACGGCCAAUGGGACAAGAAGACAGGUCACGUGGCGCCACUGUAUUAUCAUCCGGACGACGAUUACACGUACUUCAACGCGAAUUACUCGAUCCACUAUUGGAUCGCGAAAGGCGCCCCUCGCCGAUCGAUCGUGAUGGGGUCUUUCUCGAUAAACGAUCCCAGCGCGGGAACAGGUUUGAAUGUGCCAGCCAGCGCCGGCCAGGCCGGUGAAUUCACCAGAGCGGCUGGGUUUCUAUCGUACUACGAGAUCUGCGACAGAAUACGAAAUCGUGGCUGGACCGCCGUUCAAGAUCCCGAACGGAGGAUGGGCCCGUACGCUUACAAGGGUAACCAAUGGGUCAGUUUCGACGACGCAGAGAUGAUAGAACAGAAAGCACAGUUCGUCAGAGAUAUGGGCCUGGGCGGCGGUAUGAUCUGGGCCUUGGACCUUGACGAUUUCCGUGGUCGUUGCGCGGAUGGACCACAUCCGCUGAUGCGUGCACUUCAACAGGUCCUGUCCGAAGCUCCCGAGAAAGAGGAUAAACCCGAGAAACCACCGAUAAUCGAAGAAGACGACUUGGAUCCCCCUCCAGUGACAACCACGAUUUCAAGCAGCAUCGCAACGUCCACCGUGACGUCAUCGACGUCGAGGGAUCAUCUGCCGAACGACGAAUACAAAGUGAUCUGUUAUUUCACGAAUUGGGCCUGGUAUCGACAGGAAGGUGGAAAAUUCUUGCCGGAGGACGUGGACACCGAUCUGUGCACCCACGUAUUAUAUGGUUUCGCGGUGCUUGACGGAUCACAGCUGACGAUCAAAUCCCACGAUCCGUGGGCCGACGUUGAUAACAAAUUCUACGAGAGAAUAGCGGCCCUGAAGUCGAAGGGAAUAAAAGUUCUGAUGGCUAUCGGGGGCUGGAACGAUUCCGCGGGUGACAAGUACAGUCGUCUGGCGAAUUCGCCGUCUGCGAGGCGUCGAUUCAUAGAGAAUGUUAUAGAAUUCAUUGAAAAGUACGAUUUCGAGGGCUUGGACCUGGACUGGGAAUAUCCAGUGUGCUGGCAGGUUGACUGCAAAAAGGGCCCAGCGGUGGACAAGGAAGGUUUCGCCAAUUUGGUGAAAGAAUUGAGCGAGGCGUUCCAGCCGAAGGGAUUGUUGUUAUCGGCGGCGGUCUCGCCGAGCAAACGCGUCAUCGACGAAGGCUACGACGUGCCCACAUUGGCGAAAUACUUGGACUGGAUAUCCGUGAUGACCUACGAUUAUCACGGUCAAUGGGAUAAGAAAACUGGUCACGUGGCGCCCAUGUACCAGAUGCCCAACGACUGGGAGCCGACCUUUAACGCGAACUUCACCAUUCACUACUGGAUGGAAAAGGGCGCUCCGCCGACGAAACUCGUAAUGGGCGCGCCCCUGUACGGGCAGUCCUUUUCUCUGGCCGAAAGAAGCCAGAGAGGAUUGAACGCACCAACUUACGGCGGCGGAGAGGCUGGAGAGGCGACCAGAGCGAGAGGUUUCUUAUCAUAUUACGAGAUCUGCGAGAGGACCCUGAAGAAGGGUUGGUCGGUCGUGCAGGACAAGGAAAGACGGAUCGGUCCGUAUGCAUUCAAAGGCGAUCAAUGGGUCAGCUUCGACGACGCUAGACAGAUCAAGCUGAAAGCGGAAUUGAUAAAGGAUCUCGGUCUAGCCGGGGGCAUGGUGUGGGCUCUCGAUUUAGACGACUUCAAGAACGUAUGCGACUGCGAGCCGAGCCCCCUUCUCCGUACAAUGAACCGAGUGCUGAGAAAUUAUCCGAAAGGCCCUCUGUGCCCGGUGACGACUGAAUUCACAACAAUCGACGCGGGUCUAUCCACCGAGGAGCCAACGACUACUGAACAACCGAGUUGGGGAUGGGAACCGACUACAUCUUCUUCAUCUCCGGGACCGACUUAUCUGCCUGCGGCGACUUCAACGUCCACGAUUUCUGUGGCGGACGUCGACGAUGUCGUGGAGAUAGAAGCCGAGGAGAGACCGGAAGUAUCCCCGCCGGAGGACUGCCACGGCCGUUUAUUCGUGCCGCACAAAAAAGACUGCUCCAAGUACUUUUUGUGCAAUUUCGGCAGACUAACGGAGCACUCGUGCCCGUCUGGGCUUUACUGGAACGAGGACCGUUGCGACUGGCCGGAGAAUUCAAAGUGCAAAGAGACCCAGCGGCAGUCGAACGAGUUGCUGUCUGGAAUCGGCUCCACGAAGAAGACCGAGAAGAAGGUUAUUUGUUACUUGAUGAAAUGGUCUCGGAAGCGAACAGGCGGCGGACAGUUCUUGCCGGAAGACAUCGUGCCCAACACGUGCACGCAUAUCGUUUACGGUCUAUCGACCCUGGACACGGAACGGUUGACAAUACAGAAUCCUGCGGGUGACGAGCAAAGGGAAAUGCUCGACAAGAUCGCGAACAUCAAGAGCAGGACUGGCGUGAAAGUUCUGCUCGGCUUGGGCGGUUGGGAGGAGUCAAAGAAUGGGAAAUACAGUAAACUGGCGCACAACACGUUCGAACGACAGAAGUUCGCCCGUCACGCCUCUCGAUACCUCGAGGCUCACGGAUUCGACGGUCUUGAUCUUAUUUGGGAGUACCCGGUGUGCUGGCAGGUCGAUUGCAACCGUGGGCCAGCCAGCGACAGAAAAGCCUUCGCGCUGCUGCUGAGGGAACUGAACGCGUUGUUCGAGCCGAAAGGUCUUCUGUUGUCCGCGACAGUAUCCGCGGGCAAACGUGUGAUCGACGUGGCCUACGAUGUCCCCUCUUUGGUCAAGUAUCUUGACUGGAUCGGCGUGGCCAGCUACGAUUAUCACGGGCCCUGGGAGCACAGGACCGGACACGUGGCUCCGCUAUAUCCGAGUCCAAACGAACGAAUGACUCAUUCGAACGUCAACUUCUCGAUAACCUAUUGGCUCGAGCAAGGUGUACCGAGCAGCAAGCUCGUUAUGGGUAUACCGAGUUACGGUCAGAGUUUCACCUUGGUAGAGACACCAGAGGUGAACGUAAUACCGGGCCUAAACGCACGAUCGUCUGGGCCUGGACAUCCUGGGGAGUCCACGAAAUCGGCUGGCUUCCUUGCCUACUACGAGAUAUGCAACAACGUGAAAAAUCGUGGGUGGUCCGCGAUCAAAGAUCCAAACGGUUUGAUCGGACCUUACGCCACGAAGGGGAAUCAGUGGGUCAGUUACGACGAUGUGUCCACUGUGCUGCGGAAGGCCGAGCUGAUCAACGAUCUGAAUCUGGCCGGAGCGAUGAUGUGGUCCAUGGAUCUGGACGACUUCAAGAAUGGCUGCGGUUGCGGCAGGUAUCCUCUGCUGAGGGCGUUGAGCCAAGAGCUCAGAGGCAAACGACAGCCUAGAAUGGACUGUACUUGA